CUAUCGAUGACCUGAACAAAUGGGCUCUCUUGCUCGUUUCUCCUUUCGUACUUGAGGCUGAACACAUUGCCUUUGUGACCGAGAGCAUUUGGGAACGAGGUGCGAGUUUCCAGAGACCUCCUUCCUCGACCGAGACAGUUGUGAAGUGGUCAGACUGCUGCCUGCUGCUGGCUUGUAGACCUGGGGACCCUUACCAGCUAAUCGCUAAAGCAAGCGUGGACGACUUCAGCAAGCUGGGAGUCGCGUUCAUGGAAGACAGACUCCAGAUGGACAAUGGGCUGAUACCCCAGAAGAUUGUUUCAGUGCAUUUUCAGGACUCCGCUCUGAAGGACCUUAAGGGCCAGACCUCCGACAAGCACGCACAGGCCAUGCAGCCGCACCCUGAACCUCCCACGGAGACGAUGCCCGAGCCGGACGCCGCAGCGCAUGCCGGCAAAGAUGAUCCGCAGCUUCUGAGGGAAGAGCCCAAGCAGGGGUUGGGCAGUGGCUCUGGGGCAGACCCCGGUGAGGAGAGUGACCGAGGAGCUGGCUCCACGGAGCAUCACGGCCUCCAUCUCUUUAGUUGCCACGAGUGUUUGGAGCUCGAGACUAGCACCAUCGAGUCCAUCAAGUUUGCUUCUGCAGAGAACAUUCCGGAUCUCCCCUACGACCACAGCAGCAGCUCUGAGAGCGUGGCUGACGAGCCCUCUGCUGACAGAGAAGGGAGGAGAGUCACCACCACGGGCAAGGUACCCAACAUCCUGGUCUAUGUGGGCCCCGAUUCCAAGGAAGCCCAGGGCAGGUGCCAACAUGUGCAGGCUAUGUUGGCUGACUGUGUGGACACCGAGCGCUAUACCAUCUACCACCUGUGGGAGGACAGCGCACUCAGUGAUCCGUGGCUGGACAACUGCCUGCUGCUGGUGCUCGCCACCCCGGAGCCCGUUCCCAGCACCCUGGACCAGAAGGUCAUUGCCUAUCUUACUCAGGGAGGGAAGGUGCUGGGCUUGUCUUCUUCCUUCACGUGUGGUGGCCUCCAGGUGGCCAGCAAGGGGCCCCCGCAGAAGACAGUGCAGAACCUACUCUUCUGCGGGACCGAGCGGAAUGAGGUGAGGCUCAGUGUGCUGAGCAGUGGCUGCUUCUAUGAAGAGAGCCCGGGGGACACGCUCGGCCUAGGCAAGCUGCAGGGCCACCUGGACAACGUGGACAAGGACAGGAUGAUCGUGCAAGUGCCUUUUGGACCACUCGGAGGAGAAGCUGUCCUUUGCCAGGUGCACUUAGAACUACCUCCCAGCUCUGUGGUCAUCCAAACACACGAAGAUUUCAAUUUGCUCAAAUCCAGCAAUAGCAGGCGAUAUGACGUCCUCAAGGAGAUCCUGACCGCACUUGGCAUCAGCUGUGACACAAGACAGCUUCCCCCCUUGACGCCUCUCCACUUACUAUUGGCUGCUGAGGAAAGCCAGGGUGCGCUGAUGCAGUGGCUGGAGACACAUGUGGGUCCCGAAGGAGUAAUCACAUCCAGCAAGUGCUCCCUUAAAUUCGUGUCCUCCUGCCCACCCGACACGGAAAUCACCCCGUCCUCUCUCCCUGUUGUCACGGACUCCGAGCACUUCUCAUCAGAACACUUUGACUUGGAGAUCUAUCGGCACAACCUGCAGACACAGCAUCUGGGCAAAACCAUUCUGUUCGCUGAAGUGACAUCCACCACGAUGACCCUUCUGGAGGGGUUGAUGUUUAAGACGCCGCAGGAAAUGGGCUUAAUAGCGAUCGCAGUCCAGCAGACGCAAGGCCAAGGCCGGGGAAGGAAUGCCUGGCUGAGCCCUGUGGGAUGUGCUAUCUCGACGCUGCUUGUCUCCAUCCCACUGAAAUCCCAGCUGGGGCAGCGGAUCCCCUUUGUGCAGCAUCUGAUGUCCGUGGCGGUCGUAGAGGCCGUGAGGUCCCUUCCUGGCUAUGAGGAUAUCAACUUACGAGUGAAGUGGCCCAAUGAUAUUUACUACAGUGACCUCAUGAAGCUCGGUGGAGUGCUGGUUAACUCGACGCUUAUGGGAGAAACCUUUUUCAUACUGAUUGGUUGUGGCGUGAAUGUGACCAAUAGUAACCCCACCAUCUGCAUCAAUGAUCUCAUCAUGGAUCACAACAAGCAACACGGGACAGACCUGAAGCCGCUGAGAACUGACCUUCUUGUCGCCAGAGCCGUAACCCAGAUGGAGAAGCUGAUCAACACCUUUCAGGACAGAGGGCCCAACGGCGUGCUUCCCCUGUAUUAUAAAUACUGGGUGCACAGUGGUCAGCAAGUCCGUCUGGGCAGCGAGGAGGGACCAGUGGUGUCCAUAGUCGGCCUUGAUGAUUCUGGGUUCCUCCAGGUCCAUCGGGCAGGUGGCGAGGUUGUGACUGUGCAUCCCGACGGCAACUCCUUCGACAUGCUGAAGAACCUCAUCCUCCCGAAGCAGCACUAGGCUCGGCGGGGUGGGUACCACCGAGACCACCACCCACAUUCCAGUCCAACUCAGGCUGCCAUUGGCACACAGCCCGGCAAGCUGAAAACACGGUCUGAGAGCUGUAGGUGAUUCUGCCCCCUUCCCCCCCUCUGGUUUGUCAGCCCUCGAUGUUUUUGUUUCCCCCUCGUUUUUUGUUGAAGGUCGAUGUUGUUGUCAUUUUAUAUGGCUGUGGAAGGGACCGGUGGUGGAGGAUUGACAAGUGGAAGACAGAGGGUAGGUGGACCCCCUACCAUGGUGGGUGUGAAAAUGUCUCCCACCAGCCCUCGGGCUCGAAUCCUGUGUGGAACCCAUUCGCAAUCGUGGUAACCCUGUUGUGUAGGAUAGACCUCCUCCUUAGGGUUGUCUUGGCUGUCAUCCUCAAGGAAGCAGGUCUCCAGGCCUUUCUUCCACAGCACCAGUGUGGGAGUCCGAACCACCCCACAGACUCCUGUGGAUUGUCCACCCACCAUGAGAGCGAGGGAGAGAGAUCUUCCUUGGAAAUGGCCUUGAAAUCAUUCGCAUGGAGAUACUGGAGACCUUAUCUCUUGGACGGACUGCUUAAAAAUAAAAUUAAAUUCACAGUCCCUCUCCAGCCAGGUCAGUGGUGAGUUCAACACCUGGUGGCUUUGUAAGGACUCAGGGAGGCAUUUUCCUACCAGAGCCUGUGUUCCCUCAGCCAGGGUGUUCCUUUUCCUGUGAAGGGAGAAGGUGGACGGACCGGGCGCCUGGGCGACUCUGUCUGGUGGUCCUCUGGCCCCAUGCCUGUAAAUGGCUGGGACGUUGCGUCUCACUGGGCGGGACUCAGUGGCACUGCAGAGGAAGUCAGCAACAUUAGUUCCCGAGCUCGCCUUCCAGAAGUUUAAAUUUGCUGCCUCCCCUGAAGAGAUGGGCUCAAGUUCAAGAUCCUGGACGCACAGAUGAGGGCCCCCCACCCCCACCCUUGGAUGUGAGGGGCAGAUGAUGUGGCUCCAACAGCUGGAGAUGAAGGCUGGCGCUCAUACCACACACAAGGGAGGAUUUGGCGGUUCUAAGCCAUUUUCAGGCUGGCUUUGAAAUGUAGCACGUUCUACAUGACCAUGUGCAAGAAAGCGGCACAGAAUCCCCAAGUACAGGCGCGCCCCCCACCCCAUGUUGCCAAGGAAGAAAAUUACAUUGAUACUUCAUAGCAUCAGUUAAGAGUGUGUGUGUGUCUUUAAAUGUCGGUGGAAAUCUGAUGCACUGGGUCUCCACAGAAGAACAAAAGAAAGGAAACCUUUUGAUACACACUUGCGCUCUCCAGAUGCGCGCCAUGCUUUUUCCAUGUCGUUUCUAUCUCUGUUCCCUGGAAGAAUCACGCUCACUACUCUGCAGUCUUAAAAGGCCAAUUUCUGCCCACUUUUCCCUCUUCCUGCCAACCUGGCUGAAAUCGGUGGAAAGAAAUCUUUGAACAGAAUCCCCUCAUUGUAAACCACCCCAUCCUUAACCCAGGGCCCUCCCCAGCCAGGUUCAUUCCAGAAACCUGGGGUUCCAGGAUAGAACCCGUCUACUUUAGCCAAGCACAGGCAGCCCCACAGGAAGAGAAAAAUGAACCAUAUCGAGUUAAGUACACUCACCCAAUGUGUGUUUUUUUGGAAAGGUCGCCUGAAAAGAAUUCUUAAUUUUUUGCAAAGAAGAAAGUAUCCGCCCGAGUUAUUUUUCCCCAAGCCCCUUCCCCCCGUGGUACCCCCACCAAGUUGUUUUCUUCUUUUCUUUUGAAAUCAUCCACUCCCAAAUGCCCACGCCGUCUUUCGGAAUCCGUGGCAAGUUUACAUCAGCAUCCACACCACACCACAGAGACAAGAGGGACCCAGGCCCGAGAGCGGCGGUCUGCAGAGGAUCCCUGAGGAGAGGGCUCUCCACGCUGAAGUUGCCAGCUGCCUUCUCAGACUUCAGCACUGAAGGCAAGUCAUCUCCUGGUAGCCGCCAUCAUUGCUCUUCAAGUCUCUUUAAUGAGAAGCAUGGUGUGUUUUGUUUUAAGCUGAAAGCCUCUUCUGCAAAGUUCUGCCUUAGAAAAAACUGUUAUCAUUUCCUUUCCUUUAUGUAAAUGAAAACUAAUGAAGUGCGGACAUGGCAAAGC